CAUGAAAUCGCAUCACCUUCUAUAAGAGCGCGCACACAGGAAGGAGGACAGAGCAGUGCUCUUAGCCAACAGGUCCGGACAAGACACGGUUUUACUGGAUACAGCCCAGAAGCUUGCUCCACUGCCGGCAAAGAAAGAGUUAUCAUCACUCCGCGAGCUUUUCCAGCCCCCUGUCUGCACAGAGGGGCGUGUUCCUCGGGAGAAAGUGUAAGAAGCCUCGGUUUGUGACCUGGAGAGUCCCCUGGUUUUCCUCUGAAUAUCUUCUAACAAGCGGCAAAGAUGGAACGGAUGGAGGAUGAGAAGCCAAAGAAGAGGGUGACCCUUUACCUUCUCUACUGUGUUUCUACAGCAGUCAUCGGCUCACUCCAGUUUGGCUACAACACCGGCGUCAUCAAUGCGCCAGAGCAGAAACUGCGUAGGUUUUUCCAGAAUGUGUCAAUGGAGCGUUACGGCGAGCCUUUCAGCCCUGGGACGAACACCAUGGUGUGGAGUUUUUCCGUGGCCAUCUUCAGUGUCGGAGGCAUGAUCGGGUCCUUCUCUGUUGGAGCCUUAGUCAACAAAUUUGGCAGGCGUAAGUCCAUGCUGGUGUCUAAUAUCCUCGCUCUGCUUGGCGGUGGUCUAAUGGGACUGUCGGCCCUGAGUCGAUCCUUUGAGAUGGUCAUUAUUGGCCGGUUGAUCAUCGGUGCAUUCUGCGGCCUGUGCACGGGACUGACACCCAUGUACGUGGGCGAGCUCUCUCCCACCCAUCUCCGAGGUGCUUUCGGCACUUUGCACCAGCUAGGUGUAGUGAUCGGCAUCCUGGUGGCACAGAUCUUUGGUCUGGAGUCUCUCCUGGGCUCUGAUGCAUUGUGGCCUGUGCUGCUGGCGCUGACCGUCCUGCCCGCCGUGUUGCAGAGCAUCAUGUUGCCCUUCUGCCCUGAAAGCCCCCGUUACCUGCUCAUUAGCCUCAACCAGGAAGAGGAGGCAAGAAAAGCACUGGUGCGCCUGCGCGGCACUGAAGAUGUGAGCAAUGACAUUCAAGAGAUGAAGGAGGAAGGAAUGAAGAUGGCCAUGGAAAAGAAAGUGACCAUCCCAGAACUCUUCCGCUCCCCAAAAUACCGUCAACCAAUCAUUAUCGCCAUCGUCCUCCAGCUGUCUCAGCAACUGUCUGGGAUUAACGCUGUCUUUUACUACUCCACAGGCAUAUUUGACAGUGCCGGUGUAAGUCAACCCAUCUACGCUACUAUUGGAGCUGGAGUCGUCAACACUGUGUUUACUGUGGUCUCCCUCUUCCUAGUUGAAAGGGCCGGACGAAGGACGCUGCACCUGAUUGGACUGGCUGGAAUGGCCAUUUUCGCUCUCAUCAUGACAAUUGCGCUCUCUUUAGGGAAGACCAACCCAUCUUUGAGCUACCUGGCCAUCGUGGCUGUGUUCGGCUUUGUUGCCAGUUUCGAGAUGGGUCCUGGUCCUAUUCCCUGGUUCAUCGUGGCCGAGCUCUUCUCCCAGGGGCCCCGACCCGCUGCCAUGGCUGUCUCUGGUUUCUCCAACUGGACCGCCAACUUCCUGGUGGGGCUAGGUUUCCCAAAACUAGAGGAACUCUGUGGCCCAUACGUCUUCAUCAUCUUCACGGUCCUCCUCAUUCUGUUCUUCAUCUUCACCUUCCUGCGAGUGCCUGAAACCAAAGGAAGAACCUUUGACGACAUUGCGCAAGGGUUCGCUGCCAGUACGGGGAAACCCACCCUCUCCCCUGUGACUGAAGCGGUGGUCGUCGGGGAGCCUACACCCAUGUCCCCCACAGAAAAGGUUCCUAUGGUGGAUCUUCCCACAGAGAAACCAUGAGCAACUUUGGAGAAAAAGCAGUAAGCCUUAGGGUACAAUGCAGACGAACAGGUUCCACGCACAUAGCUAUUGUGAGGAGUUAUAAUUCAUAACUCACUAAUGAUAAAAGAGCACCAAGUAUGUGUUUAGAAAAAGCCAGCUCAGUGUAUAAAUGCAGAAAUAAGAUUUUCAUUUGAGUGUAUGUUUUUAAUGUGCCUUUUUAAAAAUAAUUAAAUACAGUUUUUUUUAAAGUUUCCCCAGUUACAAAUGCUAAAACUAUUGACAGAAUUCCCUGUAAUCCUGCUUUAAACAUGGGCCAAACUAAACUGAAUUACCAAUACUUAAAUGCUUGUUGACGCUCCGGGGGGCCAGCUCCGAGCGUAUUGAUCCAUGUAAGAGGAUCAACAUAUGUUCAGUGUCCAGGUCUUCUGCUACCCCCAGUGUUAAAAGGUUGCAGGAUUUAAGGGGGGUUUAUGUAUUGAGGUCAAGCCUGAAAAGCCGGUUUUGGAUUGCAGUAGUGUGACCCAAAAAAGACUGACUCGGUGUCCUGUCUGCUCGCCUGAUGUGCCUUGCAGCCAGGCGAAGGGUGCCAUGUUGUCUUGAGCAGACAGAUGGAGGAGUUGCUGCAGCAGUCCCUCCUCUUCAGGUUGACAACAUUUAAAGCACUGGAGACUAUAGAUUUGAAUAAUAUAUUCAAGCACAUUUUACGUAAGAUUUAAUUGUUGACGUCAUCUGAACGAGCAGGAUGUUUGUAGUUGUGUAUGUUGUUUGAAGUCAGGAGUGUUUGUGCACAUGAAGACGUAAGUCAAGGACAGUUCUGUAAAAUGGUGGCAUCUGCAUCACACAUACUGUGUGUUUGAGAAGGAGAUGUAGUCUAACACUGCCAAGUCUCUACUACGACUCAGUUUUAUGGUUUCACUGCAGGAUACAACCAGGAUGGGAAAGAAAUAAAUGUGACAGUUAAUCAAAAACUCAGGUGGCUGUAGGUGUUAUUGUUUAUGUCUUCCUACCAUAACAGCAGAGAAAAACUCAAUCACCGUACUUGAAACUCCUUUGUCAUCCGUGCGUUACUACACGCAAAAACACAUCACAGGUCAUGAAAUGAAAUAUCUCGAAAUCGCUAAAGCAGUGUUACAUCACAUUGAACGUGCCUGUCACUGCUUAACAGUCGUUUGGGGGAUGUAUUGAAACACAUGUAAGUCUACUGAUAAAUAAAUAAACAACACGCAUCUCAGUUCAAACAAGACAUUGGCCAUGUGAGAUGGUGAUACUCAACGAAAACACUAAAUCAAUUGUAUUUGUUUCAAUGGUUUAUGCACAAAAGAAACGACUUAUCAUACGGAUUUUUUCCCAAUUUUCUGAAAUCAUGUGUAUACUUUGACAGUCUCCAGUUACAUGAUCAGCUUUUACUGCACAGUGUACUUGCUUACAAAUGUUGUGUCAAUGUUUGCACAGUAGCAUGUUCUUCUGGAUGUGCGCACACACCUAAGGAAGCACUUUUCAACAUUUGAGCUUAGCAGUGUUUUUUCGUCACAUGCACUUUGGCAGCCUGACCACUUCCCAGAGAUGGUUUGUGUGUUUAUGUGGUGUCCAUCUCUGUUACGUGUAAAUAUUCUUGUAUGUGUUAGGAUGUGUCUCUGGUUUUGUUGUUGUGGUUUUUAGUUUAUUUGCUCUCAUAAUCCUGUUACAGCCACAGAUUUUUCUUGCCCUUUGGAAAUCCUGUUACUAUGGUGAAUGUCACCAUGCUGCCUUGCAGUUCCACCCAACAUGCACCUCUUUUAAUAUGUAUAUUUUGCUCUUUUGUUGUCUUUUUUUUUUUGGUGGGGGGGAGUGAGAAAUGACGACGGUUGAGUGUGCGUGUGGGAGUCAGAGUUGACCUUUUCUGUUUUCCCACUAUGAUGUCGUCUGCUCUGCUGUAAUAAUAUGAGUGACACUUGGUUUGAGAAACUAAAAAAGAAAAUAAAUUUGUCCAUCUUGUGAGGAAAUGAGUGACUUGAAAUACGUGCACAAACUGCCUGGGUUGUUUUUUUUCUGUGUAAUGCAAAGCAAGUUUGCCGUCACAAAUGUUAAGGGUCACUCUAAAUCUCUAUGCUAAAGUGAAAGUGUGAGGUUUGUCUGGUGUCUCAUCUGGCACCCGUUCUUGCAUUGUGACGACUCUAUUUUCCCUUUCUGCACCACGGUACAGCCUCAGCUAGCUGCUGCGUCCUUUGCUGUAGAACUAACAAACACGGAAUCACCAAAAUAAAGCCAUGAGUUAAAAACCAGA